AUGAUGUCUGCUGGAUCCGUGGACGGAAUGUUCCGCAACAUCCUCGAAGGUUGCAUCUCUAGUUGCGACUCUUCCAUCGAACGACGUCCAUACCACAAGAACUGUAGCUGCGCGCUUCACGAUCGAUCUUGCGGUCACCGAAGGUCCGAGAUCGUCUCGUUCCCGAUCAGACGGUCUUGGAGCGAAGGCAAUAACAUGGCUCUACAUCUCACGUCAUCUUCUUCUUCUUCUAAUCUCCACUCACUUUCGCCGUCUUCGUCUAUUUGUACGCUCGCAUCGCUAUCUUCGACAGCUUCUCUGACAAUGUCUGAUAUUGAUUCCUCCCCUUAA